GGUCUCGGGCCCUCAGGCGGAGCGGCGGGCGCCGGACCCCCAGGCGGAGCGACAGGUCUCGGGCCCUCAGGCGAAGCGGCGGGCGCCGGACCCCCAGGCGGAGCGACAGGUCUCGGGCCCUCAGGCGGAGCGGCGGGCGCCGGACUCCCAGGCAGAGCGACAGGUCUCGGGCCCUCAGGCGGAGCGGCGGGCACCGGACCCCCAGGCGGAGCGACAGGUCUCAGGCCCCCAGGCGGGGCGGCGGGCGCCGGACCCCCAGGCGGAGCGGCGGCGGGUCUCGAGCCCCCAGGCGAAACGGCGGGCACCGAGUCACCAGGCACGACAGUGGGCUCCGAGUCAACUGGUAUGACCGCGGGCACUGGGUCAGACAUUGGAUCGUCUGACUGGACAGCGGGCAUCGGGUCACCAGGCAUCAAGUCAUUUGGCUCGACAGCGAGCACCGCAUCAUCUGGCAAGGCAGUGGGCUCCGAGUCAACUGGCAUGACCGCGGGCACUGGGGCAGACAUUGAAUCGUCUGGCUGGACAGCGGGCAUCGGGUCACCAGGCAUCAGGUCAUUUGGCUUCCCAGCGGGCACCGCGUCAUCUGGCAAGGCAGUGGGCACCGGGUCACCAGGCAUUGGAUCGUCUGGC